CGAUCCGGCGCAGUCAUGGCGGUGCCGAACGGGGCCGGGGCGGCUCUGGGGGGACCCGGCGGGGGUUUGGGGGGUCCCGGGGGGGGUCCCGGCGGUCCCGGCGGGGGCCUGAAGGCCGCGGCCGGACUGUACGAGCAGCUCAAGGGCGAGUGGGGCAGGAAGAGCCCCAACCUCGCCAAGUGCGGGGAGGCCCUGGGGAGGCUCAAGGUCGCCCUCCUGGACCUGAAUUUCCUCCCGACCUCGGGAUCCUCCAUGACCAAACAGCAGCUGAUCCUGGCCCGGGACAUCCUGGAGAUUGGGGCGCAGUGGAGCAUCCUGAGGAAGGACAUCCCGUCCUUCGAGCGUUACAUGGCGCAGCUCAAGUGCUACUACUUCGACUACAAGGAAGAGCUUCCCGAGUCGGCCUCCAGGCACCAACUGCUGGGGCUGAACCUGCUGUUCCUGCUGUCCCAGAACCGCGUGGCCGAGUUCCACACGGAGCUGGAGCGGCUGCCGGCCCCAGACAUCCAGGGGAACCUCUUCAUCCGCCACCCCGUGUCCCUGGAGCAGUACCUGAUGGAAGGGAGCUACAACAAAGUGUUCCUGGCUAAGGGCAACAUCCCAGCCGAGAGUUACACCUUCUUCAUCGACAUCCUGCUCGACACCAUCAGGGAUGAGAUCGCGGGGUGCAUCGAAUCCGCCUACGAGCGGAUCCUGUUCCCCGAGGCCGCUCGGAUCCUGUUCUUCAGCUCCCCCCGGAAAAUGACCGACUACGCCAAGAAGCGGGGGUGGGUGCUGGGCCCUUCCAACUAUUACAGUUUUGGGGGGAGGCAGCAGAAAACCGAGGACCCCCCGAUCCCCUCCACGGAAUUGGCCACUCAGGUCAUCGAGUACGCCCGGCAGCUGGAGAUGAUCGUCUGAAACACCCCAAAAACACCCCAAAACCACCCCAAAAUCAGCCCAAAACCACCCAGGUCAUCGAGGACGCCCGGCAGCUGGAGAUGAUCGUCUGAAACACCCCAAAAACACCCCAAAACUACCCCAAAAUCAGCCCAAAACCACCCAGGUCAUCGAGGACGCCCGGCAGCUGGAGAUGAUCGUCUGAAACACCCCAAAAACCACCCAAAAACCACCCAAAAACACCCCAAAAUCAGCCCAAAACCACCCAGGUCAUUGAGGACGCCCGGCAGCUGGAGAUGAUCGUCUGAAACACCCCAAAAACACCCCAAAACCACCCCAAAAUCAGCCCAAAAUCACCCCAAAACCACCCAGGUCAUCGAGGACGCCCGGCAGCUGGAGAUGAUCGUCUGAAACACCCCAAAAACACCCAAAAACACCCCAAAAACAGCCCAAAACCACCCAGGUCAUCGAGGACGCCCGGCAGCUGGAGAUGAUCAUCUGAAACACCCCAAAAACCACCCAGAAACCACCCAAAAACACCCCAAAAACAGCCCAAAACCACCCAGGUCAUCGAGGACGCCCGGCAGCUGGAGAUGAUCGUCUGAAACACCCCAAAAACACCCCAAAACCACCCCAAAAAUAGGCCAAAUUCACCCCAAAACCACCCAGGUCAUAGAGGACGCCCGGCAGCUGGAGAUGAUCGUCUGAAACAGCCCAAAAACCACCCCAAAACCACCCCAAAAUCACCCCAAAAUCACCCCAAAACCACCCAGGUCAUCGAGGACGCCCGGCAGCUGGAGAUGAUCGUCUGAAACACCCCAAAAACACCCCAAAAACACCCCAAAACCACCCAGGUCAUAGAGGACGCCCGGCAGCUGGAGAUGAUCGUCUGAAACAGCCCAAAAACCACCCAAAAACCACCACAAAAUCAGCCCAAAACCACCCAGGUCAUCGAGGAUGCCCGGCAGCUGGAGAUGAUCGUCUGAAACACCCCAAAAACACCCCAAAAACACCCCAAAAAUAGGCCAAAUUCACCCCAAAACCACCCAGGUCAUAGAGGACGCCCGGCAGCUGGAGAUGAUCGUCUGAAACAGCCCAAAAACCACCCAAAAACCACCACAAAAUCAGCCCAAAACCACCCAGGUCAUCGAGGAUGCCCGGCAGCUGGAGAUGAUCGUCUGAAACACCCCGAAAACCACCUCAAAAACACCCCAAAACUCCGAAAUCUGCCUUCGUUCCUCU